AUGCCGGAGGAGAUCGGCAUGUUCCCGCACCACACGGACGUACUCGGGUACCUGCACAGCUACGCCGAACGUUUCGGUCUGACCCCGCAUAUCAGGCUCAACACAGGCGUAGAGAAGGCUGAAAAGAGAGGUGACUUGUGGUGGAUUCUGUGUGAAAACGGAGACGAGUAUACCAGUUCAAACCUCGUGAUAGCAACUGGUCCGCAGCAGAAACAAAACAGGGAGCUGGAGAGCACCGUUCUAAAGGGGUUCACAGGGAAGGUGUACCAUGCCGGAGAGAUCAAGGAAGUGACAGAGGAACACAAGGACAAGCGACUUCUAGUGGUAGGUGGAGGGGAAACCGGGAGCGACAUCUGCAUGGAGUUCCACAAAAUCUCCCGGUUUAUCUACUGGAGCAUUCCGCGUGGCCAGCACUUCUUCAGGAAGGUUGGCAGAGUGGUUCCUUGGGGAAGGCCGCAGGCCAUCGACAAGGCAUCUUCACGGAUGAUGAAGACCAUCGCCCCCUACACUCGCAGCAAGCCGGGGCUCUCAUGGAUCUGCAAGUGGACAACCAGCGGAUCACUGCUGGCCUACCAGGGCCACGGUAUCCCUGAGUGGCGCAAUAAUGCAGCUUUCUUCCACUUUUUCGUCAACAAGAACGGACGAGUCUUGGAACUGGUGGACUACAAGCACCUAGUCCCCAAGGCAGGGAUCAGUCAUUGCGAGGGUCGUGAGGUGCACUUCACUGACGGAACAAAACAAGAGUUUGAUAUCGUCAUCAUGUCCACAGGCUACAAAAAGUUCUUCCCCUUUGUCUCCGACACCUACACCAAUAUGAGCAUCGCGGAGCACUACAAGUUCGUUUUUAACGUGGAGGAUCCGAGUCUAGCAUUUGUCGGUUUCGUACGACCAGUUGUGGGAUCAGUUGUUGGCGUAUCUGAGCUGCAGGCACGAUGGGUUGCCAGGGUAUACAGUAAACGAGUCUCCCUCAAGCCACUGGCGGAGAGACAGGCUGAGCUAGCCAAGGAUCAGGCUCAUUGGCGGGAAUACUUCAAGCAUUCAUCUUGUAGACUCGAAGGACUCGUGGAAGGGUUCACCUACAUUGAUGAUAUAGCCCGUCUAGCAGGGAUCUACCCCAAUUACUGGGAGCUGUUCAAAAGGAAUCCCUACCACUGGUACAUCGCACACUUUGCCCCUUAUAAUGCAGCCACAUUCCGACUAAACGAACCGAAACACGAAGCCCAGGCCAUUGCCACGAUGGAGAGCCAUCGCAAGACAACUCUCAACCCCGUCCACCUUCUCCUCAUUGUCUUCCUCCGCCUCGUCUGGUUUGACUGGUUCUUGGACCAGUUGUGCAAGGUCAAGUACAGCAUCCAGGUGUCUCGCUGGUGGCCUACUGUGCGACAGUGGAGGCUCACCAGAGCUGCCAACUGGGUCUGGACUCUACCAAAGAGAGCACUCUUUGAUACCUCCUUCUCUGACGCUAUAUAA